GUCCCCUUCCAGUUAACUUUUCCCUCUCGCUGAUACCCCGAUGAUUAACCACCGCCAGACGACGCACCACCUCUGCCUGACGCCAAUUUCGUGAACAUCGCUCUCGCCUGAGCCCCUCCGUUGUCGUCCUCCUCCUUAAUCCUUUCCUCGUAAGCCUUAAGUUGUCCCACUACAUCCUCAAAGCCAACAGAUUUUAGAUCCAAUAUCUGUUUAAGUGAUGCUACAAUUUGGAUGAACUUCGAUCGGGGUAGGUUAUUUAGAAACUUCUUAACCAACUUGGAUUCGUCGAUGGUUUCUCCGAGGGCUGCUGAUUUUAAGGUGAUACCGGACAACUUUCCGGCGUAUAAAUCAAUUGAUUCGGACUCCGACAUCUUGAGCCGAUCAAAUUCCGACAUUAAGUUCCUGGUUCAAUUAUUUCCCAAGCCUUAUGAAUCUUCAAUACAACCUUCAUUCUUAUUGACCAAACCGUCUCCUCAUCCUCCUUCUCUAUCCGACAUGUUGACUUGGCUCGUCAACAGGUAAAAAGUGAGAGUGAUUUUGAGUAAGGAGCUUAAUAAGAAUCCAUCCUGACUAGGCCUACUAUUGCCUUAUAUAUUUUUAAGGUUUUCUUGAGGUAUGAAAAGAUAUAUCAACUCCAAUUGGAUGGAUGCUUGUUGAGAUAAUUCAUUUCAUUGUAUAUCCAAACAAAUAGAUGUUGUAGUUUCAUUUCUCUAAUUAAUGUUCAAUUUCUAUUACAAUUUUAAUGCAACCAACAACUCAACAUUUCCAAGAGUGGACAUUAUUUAAUGAGAUGGAUGUUCCAUUUUGUGAUGAAUAGAAAUAUGGAUUUUCAUGUAGAGCGAGU